AUGGGUCGCAACAGGCGCACGGAGCCCCCACAGACACCGAGGGGCUCCCAACAAACCCAAUCUCAGGGUCCCAUGGACUCCUUUCUGCAGCCGACUCCUGGGUCUGGAGGGGAGGCGGUAGACCCGAGGUCGGCACCGUCAUCUCCUGCCUCGUCCAUGGGCACAGAACACUCUGCCCUGGACCGGAUAAGCGAAGAACUCCGAUCCAUUGCAGCAUCUAUGGCCACUAAAACUGACCUGCUCACCCUCACCACCACGAUACAGGACGCCCUGAGGGCGGAGAUGGCGGGCAUCAGAACGGAAGUUACCGCUCAAGGAAGCCGCAUAGAAGCCCUUGAACACUCCACGGAGGCCCAAUCCAACAGGAUCUCAGCUACUGAUGUGGCGGUCUCACGGCAAGGAGAAAUGCUCCUCGACAUGAGAAGACAUCUGGAGGACCUCGACAAUAGAGGCCGCAGGUGCAACAUCCGGGUCCGCGGGGUCCCAGAGGCAGAGGGGGAGGAAGACGCGGAGGAGGUUCUGACAGGCCUCUUCAACAUGUUGCUGCAGGAAGAGGCACCCCAUCAGUUUGAAUUUGAACGGGCGCACAGAGCCACCCGACCCCGUUUACCUGAAGACGGGCCGAGGGACCUCAUCUGCUGCCUCCACUCCUUCCCCGUCAAAGACUCUAUCAUGAAGAGGGCCCGUGAACGCCCGGAAUGGACGUACCGAAACGCCCAGGUAUCCCUCUAUAACGACCUCUCCCCCCUCACACUUACCGCCAGGAGAGCCCUGAGGCCGGUCACAACUGCCCUACGUGACCGCCACGUCAACUACAAAUGGGGCUUCCCGUUCGCACUGAUGGCCCGCCACCAAGACGGCUGGAUAUCUGCAAGAUGGCCGGCGGAGAUACCAUGUUUCCUGGAGACUUUGGGGAUACCACCCAUCCCGGUCACAAACUGGGUCCUUGGACCCGUAGGACAAGUACCGCGACCACAGAGAGCUCCACGGAGGUGCAGGGAAGGAUCCCCUCCUCGGCAACUUCCCAGGCGGCGCAUGGACCCGGGAGGCCAGGCUGAGUGA